AAACAAUUGUUGAAUUUCAUGGUUAAAAGAGUUUCUCGCGGUUUCUCUUAUAACAAAAAUCAAAUAACUAAUGAAAUAAAGGGACUUCGAUGAUCGUUUGUCAUUUUAAUUUACGAUCUGGCAUAGACUGUGACAACCCAGUAUCCCGUUACCACAAGAAAUAACAUAAGGUGAAUAAAAUUUCGCAUGAAACACAAAUUAAUGUUAAAGUCUAUUUAGUUGUAAAAUGAAAUCUGCUUGUCUAACUAUUAAUGCUGGUUUAUAUAUUUUUAAACAAUAAAAUCUAUACAAUAUAUAAUAAAAGCAAUGUCCGAUUCGUCAACAUCGCGUUUGGUGGGAUGUUCCUCUUCAUCGCCAUCUGAAUCUUUGGCUUCGUUUUCGUUCAAUCGGAGCGAUAUUAGUUGGGAGGCACUAUUGGACAAAGCUGCUUCACUGCCUGCUAUUUUGGAGAAUGGACGCAAAGUAUUUGGACCGCCAGUAGAAUAUGUGGGUGAACGUCCCUCCUAUAUAUGUGAAUUAUAUGUCUCGAAUUUGCCCAAGUCAUUGGAUGAGAUACGUUUCCUGGCUUGGCUACACCGUUGCGGUAUUGUUUAUGAAAUGCGGGUGAUGAUGCAGUCUUUUAGCAUGACACGCGGAUAUGCCUUUGUGCGUUAUACACAGGAAUAUGAAGCUUUAGUUGCUUACGAACUAUUAAAAUGUUUGUACUUAGAGGGUGAACGUGUGUGCGUUUACCGCUCUCAAGGAAAAAAUCGUCUCUUUGUGAGUAACAUCCCAAAGCAAUUGCCGUUGUUGUCUAUGGAGGAAGGUUUCAAGAAAACAUUUCGCUAUAUAGAACGUUGUGUAGUCUUCCCAGCUACCGAAGCUUGUUCGUUAAGAGGUGAUAUUAAUCGUGGUUUUGCUUUUAUUGAAUUUUAUGAUCACGAAUCGGCUAUGGAGGCAAAAAAGAAAACGACACCAGGACGCAUGCGCAUGUGGGGUAAUGACUUGAAAGUACAGUGGGCAAAGCCGAAAUUAUUACAAUUUCAUUUGAAAAGCAAGAGUGAGCAGAAGGAAAUACGUUCAACGGCUCAAGUGUCAAGUACACGACAAGACCAUUGUGCUAUGUUACGUUUAUUGUGUUUGGCUAAUAAUUGGUGCAUACCAGUCAUCAUUUAUGGAAGGUGCUUUUAUCAAAGUGGGAUACAGUAUGGUGCGGUAUUAUUGAAGGAUCCCAUGAGUGGCCAGUUAAGUGUCAUACUAAUGGAGCUGGCAGUAGACCGCGAUAUGCAGGAUGUGCAUGUAGCAAUGUGCGAAGUUGCCAUGCAAAUCAUUGACAAAAGCAAUGGGUUUCCAGGAUACCACUACAUGGUACGAGUGUUGAAUGGAUUUCGUGCCGAAUUAUUGUUUAUUUGCGCCAAUUAUUUGGAUAUAACGUCAUUGGUGAGCUCUUGUGCCAGGAAUGUUUUCAAUUUUACGUCUAUGGUAGAGUUGGCAGUGGCAUUGCAAGUCUUGGCCCAAUACUCAACAGAAUUUAUUUUGAAAACUUAUCAAAGAAGUUUCCUAGUUGUUCGAAACUGUUUUUCGCUUAAGCGUCAAACGCAAAUUGUUCAGUUUCACAGCAUAUAUCCAAAGUUUCGUAAUAAUCCGCCGCUUAACUUGUCACUCAACGACACUGAAAUUACACUCCUGAUUUCGGAGGUUACAAUGGAAGGCAAUGCUUAUGAGUUAUUAAACGUGGCAGAGACAGUGCCAAUAAGUGAUCUGCCCUACAUGUUAUUGAAUUCGCAACGCGUGCGAAACGCUGAUGGCUACGUAUUGCGUUACAUCAGUUUGGAGCAUUUAGAAAGUCGCGAGUUUUAUCAUCCACAGCAGAGGAUUAAUGCGUCACCUAUUUGGAUUACAGGUCAUCCCUAUCAAAAAUCUAUUUUCAAAUAGAACUUAAUUUAACACAAACUAAGCGAAUUAUGAAAUGUAUGAAUACGUUGAAAGUGAAGUGAAUUUUUUAUUAUCAAGUUUUUAUCAAAAAGAAAAAUAUUUAUUAUGUGAAUUAAACAAUAAUUUUUAUCAUCAUGUUUACCAAAGUGCCACUGACAGUUACUGUUGAUUAUGUUCUCUAUACCACAUACUCUUACUAAAUACAAUUAAUAAAUGUUUGAAUAAA